AUGCGUGCAUUGGUGUGCAGGCCGGACCCAGAGGCGGGCCUCGGACGCACCCCUGGCCUCCUGACCACCAUCUGGCGCGGUGCGAAUCGGAAGCGGUCCGGCGCCCGCGCCGCCGACGCCGUGAGGUGCUCCGUUUUUGCCCGGCGCUAACGGUGACCGGCGGCGGCGCGGUGGGGGCCGAUUGUUGAACCCGGGGUGGUGCCGAGAGAUGCCCCGCUCGGCAGCCGCUGCACGGCCGCAUACCGUGACGGCCGCGUGCCGCCGUGACGCGACGUGACGGCGGCGGCGGCGGCGGGACGACGGCGCAGUGACGUGCAGGACGGACACGCCGUGAGACACCUCCCGACCGGUCGUGAGGACCGGCCGGACCGCCGACAGUAACCCGGGCGGCGGGCGACACAGAGCAGCGAUUCCAGUCUCAGACCAGCGCGGCGGCAGAAUAGAAGCCUGGCGGACCGGACAGAGGUCCUGGCGGACAGUGGCAGAGACGCAGUGACGGUGGCAGAGACGCAGUGACAGUGGCAGAGACGCAGUGACGGUGGCAGAGACGCAGUGACAGUGGCAGAGACGCAGUGACAGUGGCGGAGACGCAGUGACAGUGGCAGAGACGCAGUGACGGUGGUAGAGACGCAAUGACGGUGGCGGAGACGAACUGACAGUGGCGGAGACGCAGUGACGGUGGCAGAAGUGCACCAGGCGGCGGCACGACGGAAGGAGAAGACCCAGAGCAGCGACUCAGGCCGCUGCUCGGCGGGUUGAACCAGCGCGGCCGAACAGAGGCCCUGCAGAUCAGGCACAGGCCCGGUGUACCGGACACGGAGACCCGGUGACGGACACGGAGAAUUGUGCCGAAAACCGAGCACGGACCAAAGACAAAGCUUGUGGUGGAAGCCGGACACAGCCGCCGGCGACUCGGACCAGCGCCAUGACUGUCUCAGAUCACGGUUCGUAUUCGAUGAAGACAUCAUCGACGCACCGUCAAAAGGUGCUGUUCAUCGCCGGACUGAUCGCGCUCCAGGGCCUGCUGCUGGUGGUGUUCCGGUUCGAGCCUCGCCAGCCUGCACCGUGUCAGAGGUCGGACUGUCUGCGGCCCGUCCAUGAGCUGCGUCUGAAUGACAGUGCCGGCGCCCACCCACCACCCCCCGGGGAGCGGGCCGCUGGCUCUCCGCCAGACUGGACGCGGGCCAGACCCUCCACCUGGCCCGAACUGGUCACCACCCUCUUCGAUUACAUCGAGAAGCCGCACGCGCGUUGCGACAAGGCGGCGCGGAUCGGCGGCCAGCCCGACUACAAGAGCCGUAAGUUCGACGGCUACAAGUGGGUGUGUUUGGACCCGGCGCUGGGCCUCCUGCAGACCAACAGCUGCCUCAUCUACAGCUUCGGCGUCGACCACGACUGGUCGUUCGACGACAACGUGCAGCGGCUGCAGUGCGAGAUCCACGCCUUCGACCCGUCCAUCGGCCGGCCCGACCACCGGCGGUCGAAACGCAUCUCCUUCCACAACGUCGGCAUUGGCGGCAAGAACGAGGUCCGCUGGGUGCCGGUGAGCCCGCUGCGGCGCCGGCAGUGGGACGUGCGCACCUACGGCGACAUAGUACGCCACCUGGGCCACGAAAACCGCACAGUGCACUACCUCAAGAUCGACGUGGAGGGUAGCGAGUGGCCGAUGCUGGCGCAGAUGAUGACGCGCACGCCGCAGCUGCUGCUGAACGUCCGCCAGCUGGCGGUGGAGGUGCACAUGCAGUCCGGGGAGCGCGGACGGCCCAGCCUCGCCGCCUGGAAGGGCUACCUGGAGACCUUCCUCAGACUGGAGAGGAUGGGCUUCCGGCUGUUUAGCUCGGAGAUGAACCCCUAUCACAAGCCGAGCCGGCUGUUUGCGGACAAUGACCGGCAGGGAGCGCGGGUGUAUGAGAUGGUGUGGCUGCACCAGCCGUGGAAGUGAUGUAGGACCGCAGUUAUCACUAAAGUCAGACUCAGACGGCCGGAGGUGCGACUGCGACCUCAGAGCUGCAGUUAGGGUGUCAGUCAAUCUCCUUACGGAUGUGUCCCCAGCAUGUCGGUCUAGGUGUCAAUCUGUUCUCUGAGUUGUCUACUCAGGGCUCGGUCUCCGAUAUCGCAACAAACUGGCAUUGGGUACCGUGGACACUGCGUGACAGUGUCACAAGCGCCGCAAUUCCGCUGCACGGCACAACGGCAGAACCCGUGAUAUAGCAACAAUCACAAGAUCCGCACCGCACCGUGAACAAUCUGCAACGCACCUGCAACGUUCUGCACUAAAUCCGUUCGUUGAGCGACCCAGUACCGACCAGAUGCUUGUCUAAAUGGUCAUACUUUGCAGUGAGAUCACUUUGAAAAUAUUUAUAUAUUCUGACCCUGCCCCUGAAAACACUGGCAUCGCACCCGACCCUCCCCCUCUUCCCCUUCUACUUCCUAAAGCAAUAACUAUAUUGAUCUUGAGCACCCCUCCCCCUAACAUUUGAUGUCGGUCAACACAACCAGCCAUUGGCGACCGCCUUCCCGCCUCGCCUCCGGCCCCGCCCUGCUCAUCGACUGGUCAUGACCUACCCCCCCCCCCACCCCCCACCCCCACACACACAAAUAAAACGCAACGCCCGAUCGGAUCCGCCCUCGACAAGAAGACCAUUGGCAUUGGCCACAACAACAUUGACAUGCCUCCACUUCACGAUGCUGUAAUUUGUUAGGUAUUAUUGAUUGCUUACUAUUGUGUUAUUUAUUGAUAACUGGAAUAGGUAGGUAGUGAAGACUGAGGCACUCGACUUGUUUUUUUGUGAAUAAACGUCAUCUCUUCACG